UGUACACAAAGCCUGGCCUGCUUCAUUCUCUGCUUCUGCAUGCUUCCUACAAAGGCUAUACUUGUAGCAGUUCAGCUAUGAAAAGCAAGGAAUGAAGAUAUUUUUUGCCUACUCCUUCAAAUAUAAUCAUCUAAUAGAAGUAUAGAGGAUUUUGUUUUGGGUGAGCCUCAGGCCUGUUGGCAAGGUGUUCGCUAUUAGGCUCAAAAAUCAUCUAGGUUUUUUUUUUUCCCCUGCCACUUUCCCCCCCAAUUACCUAUUCAUUCUGCUGGCUCAAAUUGAAUGCAAAAUUGUCUUCUGGAUGAAACUACAAGAGAAGAAUAGAGGCUCCUGAGAAUAAUGUUGCAUUCAAGAGCUUUCUUACUAUUGGAAAGAGAGUUUGUGGAGUUCAAGCAAGCAAAUAUAUUUGGCAUUUCUGUUAUGUCUGUGGAAGACAAUUGGAGGGAAUGGAUAGCUGAAAUUGAAGGGCUGAAGGAUACCUUAUGGGAAGGUGCUGAACUUCAGCUGUCACUGAAAUAUUCUGAAGACUACAAUGCCAUGCCUCCAACCAUCACAUUCACCACUAUUCCUUUCCAUCCCAAUGUGGAUCCAGAAUCUGGGAGACCUUGUGUGGAUUUUCUAGAUGACCUUAGCAAAUGGAACCCUCACUUCACAAUGACUAGUAUUCUACUUACUAUCCAGGUUUUGUUGUCUAAUCCUGUUCUGAAAAAUGCCGUGAACCUGGAGGCAGCUCAAAUGCUGAAAAAUAAUUAUCCCCAAUACAGAGAAAAAGUUGUACAGUGUGUCACAAAUAGCAAACAACUCGAAGCCAUUGCCAAACAUUGGGAUACGUCAGUCAAGUUUUACCCACAAUCAGAAGAACCAACCCCGCAAAAAAAGACAACAGGAGUAUCAUAUGAAGAAUAUUUUAUAACAUGGUUUAAAAUUGCCACAUCAAGACCUGCUGAAGAUUUUAAACACCCAGUGUUUGCAGAUCCAGAGUACAUAGGAAACCGUUACAACUGGAUGGCAGAGAAUGUGAACAGAGGCAGCUGGGAUGAAAAUUUACAUAGCAUUUUUGUCUCUGAUUGCAUUGAAAAACAGAAGAAACAGAUAAUGUUAGAAAACUGGGGAGGCCGGUGCGUUAUCCCAAGCCCAACUUCAGGGACUCAAGGAGGCUUACAAAAUGACAACUUCAAUACAAAUCACAAUACAAUACAAAAUUAAAAUCAGUAACCCAAUUAAAAAACAAUUUAAAAUUAUACCAGUGUACCCCCAAACGGAUCAGUUUAAUUGGCGGAAGAGCCACGUCUUCAGCUCGCGACGGAAGGAAAGAAGGUUUAUUCUAUUUAAAAAAAAUUGUUCCGCCAGAUUAUGAUGAUUGUUGGAAGAAAUAUCCAUCUGGGUUCAGUUCCAUUCCCCACAUGUGUACCCCACUCCCUGUGCAUGCGUGGCAGAGACCCGGAGACCAGCUGGCUGGCGGAAGUUGCACGCACAUGCUUGGCAAAGCCAAGCUGGGGCGACAGCUCGCGUGCCACCUAUGGCACGCGUGCCAUAGGUUCACCAUCACGGUUCUAGGAGAAGGGUGGGUACUAACUUUUUGCAUGAUUUUAACCUUGGCUACCAUCUGAGACCAUCUGUCCUAUUUUACUUUUUAUUGGAGGCUUUAUAUGUGUUAUUGUCCUCUUCACAUCCCAGGAACCAAUAUUAUAUCUAUCUAAAUAUUAAAUCCGAUUAUAUAUAAACAAUAUAUGGUGUCUAUUCCCAAGUUAUUCAUUUUUCCAAGAACUAGGCCUUUUACAGGUAGUCCUCGAUGUAAGACCACAAUUGAGCUCAACAUUUCUAUUGUUAAACAAGACAAUUGUUAAGUGUCCCAUUAUCCCAUUUUAUGACCUUUCUUGCCAUAGUUGUUAAGUGAAUCACUGCAGUUAAGUUAGUAACACUGUUGUUAAAUGAAUCUAGCUUCCCCAUUGACUUUGCUUCUCAGAAGGUUGCAAAAGGUGAUCACGCAAUCCUGGGACAUUGCAACUGUGAUAAAUACAUUUCAGUUGCCAAGCGUCUA